AUGAGUAUGGGAGGAGAUAUCCAUGGACUUCAUAGAUGGGUUGCCUCGUUCAGAAGGGUUCACAGUGAUUUUAGUGGUGGUGGACAGGCUGAGCAAAUGACUCCAUUCAAGGUAUUGUACGGAAGGGAUCCUCCCCACUUGGUGCAAUUUGGAAGUAAUAGUACUCUAGUUUCCUCAGUCGAGGAGUACUUGGAGGAGAGAGAGUGUGUGUUAAAAGAGCUGAAGAGACAUCUGCUGAGGGCUCAACAAAUUAUGAAGAAACAAGCUGAUGGGCAUAGAAUGGGCAUCCAAUUUGAAGUGGAGGAGAGAGUAUUCUUGAAGCUCCGACCAUAUAGACAGAAGACAGUCGCCAACAGGAGGAAUGAGAAGCUGGCUCCAAGGUACUUUGAGCCUUAUGAAGUGCUGAAGAAUAUUGGAGCAGUAACAUAUUGGCUGAAACUAGCACCGACGGCGACUAUACAUUCGGUUUUUCAUGUAUCACAGUUGAGAAAGGUCAUUGGUGACUAUACAGCCAACCCCGAGUUACCGGCAACACUUACUGAGGAUUUAGAGGUGGUUAUGAAACCGUUAGAGUUAAUGGGGGUUCGUUAG